AUGACCAUCUGCUCGCCCAUCGACUAUGCAGUGCUACCCGGCAGUGUGCCAGUUGCUCAGAGGUACUUCCUGGUCCACCUCCGCCCCGGCUUCAUGCGCUCCGAGGCUGUAUUGGAGCCCACUGGAGAGACUCCCUCGUCACUUUUGUUCCGGCGCUUAAGGGCGGAUGACGAGGCUGCAGAGGAUGAGGCGCUAAAGAAUGAGACCAUGCAAAAAUCAGACCCCUUCUUUGCGGACGACAGCCUGGAUCGGUCUGCGUGCUUGACAGAGCUGGUGCACAGGAGAACUUUCCAGAACACGCAGCGGAUGCUGCUGCACAGACCAUCGGCAGUCGCUAUGGACCCGACGGUGAACGUGCUGCGGAGGCUCCACCGUGGCUUGGAGUGGCACCUCGGAGCGAACACGCAGGAUGUUCCUGGUUCCAUGCGCUUCGACUUGGUCGUCAGCGAGGGAAAAUCCCUGCAGCAGCGAUAUGCCCAGUGCCUGCAGCCCAGCCUCGGCUUCCCGGAGUUCUUUGACGGGGCUUUGCACCUGAACGAGAAUGACAUCGGCUCACGGAUCGAGCUGUUCUUGAGCUUGAACCUGGAAGAGGAGUCUGAAAGGUCACCCAUGAAGAUCGGGGAGUGGAAGGCAGGAGAAGAGCGCCACAGCUUGGCUAGGUCGCUCGCCCUCAUGAUGGACCGCUCUCCUGACGAAAAUCUAGCGAUCAAGGCCAGUGAGGAAGUUUCCCAAGGGCGAGGGGCAGCCCAUUCUGGCCAAGAUGUCGGGCCCAGUCGCAACACCCGCAUGGCACAAUGGCUCGACUACAGGGUCCGUGUCACCAUCUCCGACGCCCGCAUGCUGGUUGGCACUUUUAUGGCUUUCGACAAGUACAUGAACGUAGUCCUUGCAGACUGUGAAGAAUUUCGGAAGAUCAAGUCAAAGGGAAGAAAGGACGAUGAGAAAGAGGUCAAGCGCACUCUUGGUUUUGUAGUUCUUCGAGGCGAGACAAUUGUGUCGCUGAUGGCAGAGGCACCACCUCCUUCGGGUCCCAAGAAGCCGGACAUCCAACCGGGACCUGGCCGUGGACAGGUGGCCGGGCGUGGAAUGCCCGCCGCGCCUAGGCCUCUGAGCUCAGCUCCAGCUGGCCUUGCGGGACCAGUCCGUGGCGUUGGCGGUCCUGCGGCGAUCCAGAUGCAGCCGAAAGCCGGAGCAGCUCUGCCCGCUCCUGGCGGAGCCCCGCCCGGAAUGCCUCCUGGGUUCCCUGCCAGGCCACCUGGAAUGCCGGGAAUGGUCCCACCUGGAAUGCCUGGGAUGCCUCCGGGUAUGCCUCCUCCCGGCAUGCCAGGCAUGGGUCGCGGUAUGCCAGGCAUGGGCCGGGGCGCGUGA